AUGGUGCGGCUGUGCGUGGUUUGCGAGGCAAUUCCUGGCGGCAGCUCGCCGACCCUGAGCGCUGAGUAUCAGGUCCUCGUUGACUUGGGCGUGGCGCGAGCCGAUUCGACAGCGGAUCGACCUCGCCUCUGCCGCCAUUGCUCGCACUGGCGGGCGAAAGCGCUGCGGGUGGUGGAGUUCGUGGCAGUUUGGAUCGGAGCUUUUGUGACCGUGCUUCAGCGGCUGUUCCCGGAGGAUCGCGCGCUGAAGCGGCCUGAGCUGGUGGAGCGCCGCAACGCGCUCCAGGUCCGUGGUGUCCCUCUGGGUGCAAUCUCCUUGGGCCGUUGCAGCGACAGUGCUUUGGAGGAGCUCGUCAUGGCGACGAAGUCCCAAUGGCAUAGGUCUGGCAUAGGCCAACGGGCCUGCCCUUGGCACGCCUCGCAGAAGGGGCCCGCUCUGAGCAAAGCAGCGCGCUGGCUGCGGUCGUGUCACGAUCGCGCGCGGCGCAUGGGGGCGAAGAAGGUUUUGCCAUGUCGAAGGGCGGAAAUGACUCCCAACUGUUACUGUUGUGUCGCCCGACUGGUCCACUGGUCCAUCCUUCUGACCGAGAAGCAGCAAGGAUACCUUGCAGCGCCGCCGCAGAGUCCAAACGCUGCAGAAACAUGGGGUCACUGCGAAAUUUGA